GCUCCUUCCCCUGCUCACAGCUGCCUCCUGCCCCACGCCCCCGGGGCCCUCUCUCUCUGCACAGCAAGUGAUGAAGUUGUUUUUUCCAGAUCACAUGAGCCAGGAUGAAGGGGGAAAAUCCUGCCAGGAGCAGAGAUGGGCUGCAACUUGAACCCGACCGAGGGUAGCCACAGAGCAGUGCCUGGAGGGCUAUAUAAGAAUGUGCCAGGCGCAAGAGCAAACACUUUCUCAGGUGAAGGACUCUCAUGAAUCAGCCAUGAAUGUGAAUGAAGACGCUGUUUCCAGGAGGCUUGGAGCCACUAACAAAGUCUGUUUGUAUUUCAUCAUCGCCACCAUGGGCACAUUGCUCGUCUUUGCCUUGGCCACCAUCAUGGUCCUGGUCGUCCAGAGGACGGUAGCUGAUCCUGCCAUGGAGGGCAUCAAAAAACCCAUCAGGACAGGGAAUACCUUUGAAGACUAUUUGAGGAUCCUACGGAGUGUCCCAGCCAAGGGAGCUGCUGCCUACAUGAGAGUGUCCAGCGCAGUGAACAGCUCCAAGCUGAGCCUGGUGGAGAAGGGGAUCUGUGAGAACAUCCAGUGUAACGGCCAGGAGCUGGUGGUCACGGAACAAGGCCUCUACUUGAUCUUCUGCCACUUGAACUUUCACUUCCCCAACUGCUCCAAGAGCCCCAUUGACCUCAAGAUCGAGCUCCUGGUGAACGGCAGGGUGGACAGGCAGACGUUGUCCACACUGUGCACGUCAGAAACGUGCCAAGACAAGACUUUUAAAACCUUGCUCCAGCUCCACUUGACACAUCUGAAAGUGGAGGACCGAAUAUCAGUAACACUGAACCGUCCCGAAUUCCUGAAUGACGUUUCCCUUCCCAACGAAAACGUUCUUGGGGUCUUGAGGUACAGCGAUGGAAUGUGAGCAGCUCCCUGAGCUCCCACUGCCACCCAGACUUUUUCUCUGAACACCACUAGCCUGCUUUAAACCACCAGCCUGGUUUAAAUUUCCCACCUCACCUCAUCCCUAGGGUGAACAAGGAACUUUGUGAGUGUCCCAGAAAAAAAAACACUUCAAGAGCUACGCCUGCCAGCUUCCCUGGCUUGGCUUCGGGUGGGAUGGUUGGACUCUCCAGCACACAACCCACAGACCCACCGAGGAUCCUCGAAAUAAUCUGUGCAAACACAGAUUAAACCUCAGGCAGAUCAUGGGAAGACUCCACAAUACGGAGAUUUUUAGGGUCAUAAACUGCUGGCACAGCACCUGUGCUCUGGACAUGGGGAAAUCUGUUUAUUUUAUGGAGUAGUGCUUUAACCUGGUCUUUCCAAAAACCCAACAGUCAAAGCUUGUAGUCAAGGCCCUUCUUUACCACAGGCACACGGUGACAUCUCUGGAAUAGAUUCAUGGUACAACAGCAAAAAUGAUGAAAUUAUUGGCUCUCAGGCUGGUAGCUAAACUUUGGGGCAGGACACAGGAGAUAUGGGAUUUACCGGAUAUUUCUGUGCUGCAUUCUGCCAUGGACUUUAUGCCAUUUCCUUCAGGUGUCUUCCUUGUCACUAUUUAUCCAUCUUUCCUAUUUAAAUAUAAAUCUCUUUGGGACAGAGACUUUGCCUAAGCAGAGUGUUCAGCCUCUGUUCUCCCCUGGGGUUCUCAGACCUUUCCACAUUAAAUAUUAAAACAACAAUGGAGUUGCCAGUUUGGCAAAUAGCAAAGUUCAUUUCCUCGAGUGCCGCCCUGCCAGUCUGGCACAGACCACACCAGGCUGGGAAUCCUCUUCCAACACCAACACUUCCUGGAAAACCAGGGCUCCAGACUUCCCCAAAGUCCGGAGUUUGAUCCAGACUUUCCCAAAGACAGUUUCAGACUGGCCCUCAGCAGAGAGCUGAGAU